AUGGAUGAGGGGAAUAAGGGGGAGGAGGUGCUUCGUAUGGCGGAAGCUGUUCUGGUUCAUCCUCAGCCGGCAAUCGUCCGUCUGGGAGCAUUUGAGCGUUUUGAUAAUGCAACCGACUGUGUUCGUCCUGGUUCUCGUCGUUCAUCAGAAUCAUUGAAGGCCGAGGUGAAUCCGGGCGUCGCACGCGCGGUCGAACUCGAGGAGGUCGUGGAUAUGCCGGAUAUGGCCCUGGAAUUCGGUGGUGAUGGUUCUAUCGUGAUUCUGAAGAGCGGUGGCAUUGACGGCACUGCCCUUGAAAAGCCAAAUAUGCUGAAAUGUUUGAACUUUCGGGACUUGUUUCUGUACCAGAACAAUCCGAACACGAUGCACCAUAGACAACCGACUCCAAAAAACACCAGUCCCACGAUGCUUUUUGUCGUCAAGUGA